UUCUCGCGGAUGCUGAGACCGAGCUCCUGUGCGCGCGGGCUCUCGCAGCAGUGGCUCAACCCCUCCUCCUCCUCCUCCUCCUCCUCCAAAGAUGUCGCAUGAGCUUCUCCUCUCACCGCGGCUUCUCUUUUCUUUUUUCCUUUUCUUUUUCUCCCAGUGCCCUUAACAGUUAGCCUAAUUCUGUCAAAUUAGCAACUCUCGCCGCCGGGAGCAGCUAGCUAGCCCUCGUCUAGUCGCACGGACUGCCCCUUACAACGGAGGUGUUUAAACCUCUACCCGGCGCAUCCUCUCUCUCCUUCUCUCUCUCUCUCUCUCUCUCUCUCUCUCCCUCUCCUUCUCUCUCUCUCUCUCGCUCGCUCCUCAAUCGCCGCAGAACUUCGCCGACAAACCCGUCAGGUGACCGCGCGGAGCGGAAUAUUCAUCAGCACCGUCGUCGUCUUUCAUCCCUCCACUCCUUUCGGACUCCAGGCAACCGGAGCAGCCGCAGCCCCGGUCCCCGGUUCCCCCCCUGUACGCUCUCAUCCGGUUUGGGACAUUCUCCUGCUCCACGCACACGCAGAUUAACGGGGAUUCUGCCUCCCCGCUCGCGCGCUGAUGCUGAUGUCCUUGAGCUCGGCCUGCACGGUCCAGGUGGUGCAGUAGUAGCUACCUCUGAACUGGAUCCACUUCCCGUCUCUGAUUUAUCAGCCGCCUUUGCCUUGCUCGCCCCUCUCUCCAUCCGUCCACCAUCCUCCCAUCCCCGUCUCUGUGAGUCUGUCAGUCCGUCCGUCUGUCCAUGGACUGGCCGUGACCCUGGAGGGAGGGGGACAGAAAAGAGGAAAGAGCGGAGUCGCAGAGGAGACGAAGGAAAAGAAAGCUGGAUUCAUUCAUUCAUCAAGCUUCUGAAGUGCCCCGGCUUGCUGUCCUUGAUCCCCCUCACCCUCCUCCUCCUCCUGUUAUGGAGAAUUAAAGGAGCAGUGGGAGGCUAGGCCAAGAUAGUGAGGAGGAAAAAAUAAAUAAUCAACCAACUCCACUUCAUUGUCCUUGAAAUGAAAUAAAAAAAGGUGUAUCAUCAUAAUUACAGAUUCUUUAAGAAAGAAAUCAAGACUGAACCAAGAUAUUGGCUGCUGAGCACAUGAACAACCCUCCACCAACCAAACGAAAGGGGAACUGAGUUGAGGACAGACUACAGAGAGAAAGGAGGACCAAAAAACAGAAAAGAAACCCUUACUGACAUGUCAACAACAGCCACUAUGGGUGAAAUGGCCAACAGCGCGGUGGAGUUUUAUCCCAAAGGGACAAGAGGCGUGGGCGGAGGAGUAAGGGCAGAUGGCAGCCAUGCAGGGGGAGACUUUGGGGUCACGGUGGCGGAGCUAUCGGAGCUGAUGGAGCUCCGAGGAGCCGAUGCCAUUCAGAAGAUCCAGGAGAGCUACGGAGACGCAGAUGGGCUCUGCCAGAGACUACAGACCAGCAAGACUGAUGGUCUCAGUGGGGACCCGGCAGACCUGGAGCGCCGGGGCCAAAUUUUCGGCCAAAACUUCAUCCCCCCGAAGAAGGCCAAGACUUUCCUGGAGCUCGUGUGGGAGGCCUUACAGGACGUCACACUUAUCAUCUUGGAGGCGGCCGCCAUCAUCUCCCUCGGCCUCUCUUUCUACCAGCCUCCUGGGGGGGAUACUGAAGCAUGUGGGGUUGUGUCGGGGGCGUCAGAGGAUGAAGGCGAGGGCGACACCGGCUGGAUCGAGGGCGCGGCCAUCCUGCUGUCUGUUGUGUGUGUCGUCCUGGUGACGGCGUUUAACGACUGGUCCAAAGAGAAGCAGUUCCGCGGUCUACAGAGUCGGAUCGAACAAGAACAGAGGGUCACAGUCGUGCGUAAAGGAAAUGUCAUCCAGAUCCCGGUGGCUGACAUGGUGGUGGGGGACGUGGCGCAGGUCAAAUACGGGGACCUGCUGCCAGCUGAUGGUGUCUUGGUCCAAGGCAACGAUCUGAAGCUAGAUGAGAGCUCUCUUACAGGAGAGUCUGACCACGUACGCAAAUCUGUGGAGAAGGACCCCAUGCUGCUCUCAGGUACCCAUGUGAUGGAGGGCUCGGGCAAGAUGCUGGUGACAGCUGUCGGUGUCAACUCGCAGACGGGCAUCAUCUUCACCCUGCUGGGUGCUGGAGAGCUGGAGGAAGAAGGGAAGGACAAGAAAGGAAAACAACCUGAUGGAGCUGUGGAGAACAAUCAGAACAAAGCCAAGAAGCAGGACGGGGGUGUUGCCAUGGAGAUGCAACCCCUGAAAAGUGCAGAGGGAGGAGAGGUAGAGGACAGAGAGAAGAAGAAGACCAGCGUUCCGAAGAAAGAGAAGAGUGUGUUGCAGGGCAAGCUCACCAAACUCGCUGUCCAAAUUGGCAAAGCAGGUUUGGUGAUGUCGGCCAUCACCGUCAUCAUUCUGGUGUUGUACUUUGUCAUCAACACGUUUGUCGUUGAAGGUCACACAUGGUUGACAGAGUGUACUCCGGUCUACAUCCAGUACUUUGUCAAGUUCUUCAUCAUUGGAGUCACUGUGCUGGUAGUGGCUGUCCCAGAAGGCUUACCUCUCGCUGUCACCAUCUCUCUGGCUUACUCUGUCAAGAAAAUGAUGAAGGACAACAACCUUGUACGCCACUUGGAUGCUUGCGAGACCAUGGGCAACGCCACUGCCAUCUGCUCCGACAAGACCGGCACCCUCACCACCAACCGCAUGACUGUGGUGCAGUCUCACAUAGGUGACGUGCAUCACCGUGCGGUCCCGGACCCUGGACAGAUCAACCCCCGGACACUGGAUCUAUUAGUCAAUGCUAUCUCUAUUAACAGCGCCUACACCUCCAAGAUCUUACCGCCUGAUGUGGAGGGGGGUCUGGCCAAGCAGGUGGGCAACAAGACGGAGUGUGGCCUGCUGGGAUUUGUAUUAGACCUACAGCAGGACUACGCCCCUGUCAGAGAGCAGAUCCCCGAGGAGAAACUGUACAAGGUGUAUACGUUCAACUCAGUGCGUAAAUCCAUGUGUACGGUGAUCAAGCUGCCUGACGGAUCCUUCCGCCUCUACAGCAAAGGAGCCUCUGAGAUCAUGCUAAAGAAGUGUUCCUUCAUCCUAGAUGCCAAUGGAGAAGCGCGCACUUUCCGCCCACGUGACAGAGAUGAGAUGGUCAAACAGGUGAUCGAGCCAAUGGCGUGUGAGGGGUUGAGGACCAUCUGCAUUGCUUAUCGAGACCUUCCGGGUAAUCCAGAGCCAGAUUGGGAGAACGAAGCAGACAUAAUGACGGAGUUGAUCUGCAUCACCGUGGUUGGGAUAGAGGACCCUGUGCGGCCCGAGGUGCCUGACGCCAUCCGUAAGUGUCAGCGUGCAGGCAUCACGGUGCGGAUGGUGACCGGUGAUAACAUUAACACAGCGAGGGCCAUUGCUGCUAAAUGUGGCAUCAUUCACCCUGGGGAUGACUUCAUUUGUCUAGAGGGCAAAGACUUCAACCGACGAAUCAGGAACGAGAAAGGAGAGAUUGAACAGGAACGUAUUGACAAAAUCUGGCCCAAACUUCGCGUGUUGGCUCGAUCCUCGCCAACCGACAAACACACACUGGUCAAAGGCAUCAUCGACAGCACCGUCCUAGAACAGAGGCAGGUUGUCGCAGUAACAGGAGAUGGAACCAAUGACGGACCGGCUUUGAAGAAGGCUGAUGUGGGCUUUGCCAUGGGUAUUGCGGGAACAGACGUGGCUAAAGAAGCGUCUGACAUCAUCCUGACUGAUGACAACUUCAGCAGCAUUGUCAAGGCGGUGAUGUGGGGACGAAACGUCUACGAUAGCAUCUCCAAGUUUCUGCAGUUCCAACUCACGGUCAACGUAGUGGCUGUCAUAGUGGCCUUCACCGGGGCCUGUAUCACUCAGGACUCUCCUCUGAAGGCGGUGCAGAUGCUGUGGGUGAACCUCAUCAUGGACACGUUUGCUUCUCUGGCCCUGGCCACCGAGCCCCCUACUGAGGACCUGUUGCUACGGAAACCCUAUGGUCGGAACAACCCGCUCAUCUCACUGACCAUGAUGAAGAACAUCCUGGGCCAUGGAGUGUACCAGCUGAUCAUCAUCUUCACCCUACUGUUCAUAGGCGAGCGCAUUUUUAACAUCGACAGUGGCCGCAAUGCUCCGCUCCACUCCCCUCCCUCUGAGCACUACACCAUCAUCUUCAACACCUUCGUCCUAAUGCAACUUUUCAACGAGAUCAACGCUCGCAAGAUCCACGGAGAGAGAAAUGUCUUUGACGGCAUAUUUGCCAACCCCAUCUUCUGCGCCAUUGUACUGGGGACCUUCGCCGUGCAGAUUGUGAUUGUGCAGUGGGGAGGGACGCCCUUCAGCUGUGCCCCUCUCAACGUGGAGCAGUGGCUCUGGUGUCUGUUCGUGGGAGUUGGAGAGCUCCUCUGGGGACAGGUGAUUGCCACGGUGCCGACAGCCCGGCUGCCAUGCCUGAAGGAGGCAGGGAUGGGCCACGAGCCUGGAGAAGAGGAAGGUGAGGAGAUGGCAGAGGAUGAGGAGGAGAUUGACUGUGCUGAGAGAGAGCUGCGCCGUGGACAGAUCCUCUGGUUCAGAGGCCUCAACCGCAUCCAGACCCAGAUGGAGGUAGUGAGCACGUUCAAGCGAAGCGGUUCGUUUCAGGGAGCGGUGAGACGGCGUUCCUCCGUGCUCAGUCAGCUCCACGACGUAAACACUAUCUCUACCCCCUCUCACAUGCGAGUGGUGAAAGCAUUCCGUAGUAACCUGUACGAGGGCCGGGAGAAACCGGAAUCCCGCAACUCCAUCCACAACUUCAUGGCCCACCCGGAGUUCCUCAUCAAUGACCUCAUCCACAACAUCCCGCUGAUCGACGACACCGACGUGGACGACGAAUCAGAGCUCAGCAGAUACCAGCACCUGCACCCGGCCCUCCGCAAGCCGCCACCCCCUCCCGCUCAGCCCCCGCCCCCCGCCCGCACCCACCCCACCCGCCCCUACCGCCAGUACAGCCUCCCGGUGACCCCGUGCAACCGAAACAACAACAACAACAGCAGCAGCAGCAGCAGCAGCUCAACAGACACCCACAGCAACAGAAACAGCAGCAACGCAGUUACCCCCAGCAACCGGAGUCCCCAUCACCACCACCACCAACACCACCACAUCCAUCACGGCAGGGACAGGUCGGGGAAACCCUCCGCCCCUCACCUGGCCCAUCUCUACUGCGUGGAGACCUCCGUAUAACUGAGCUGAACGUGGGUCGGGGGGGAGAG